ACACUGGCGGGAAAAAUAUUCUGUACAAAAACUGGGCGUCUUUUGUGAAGGCACGACUGAACUGUUCCGUUCCUGGAGAAUUCCCGUACUAUUUUAGUGAAAUACAAAGUGUAUAUAAACUGCCGAACGACGACAGCAGGUUCUUCGCUAUUUUUUCGACGUCCAUGAAUGGGCUGGUCGGUUCAGCGAUCUGUACCUUCAGUUUGAGUUCAAUCGAUGAAGCUUUGAACGGGAAGUUUAAAGAACAGACCUCUUCCUUAUCAGCUUGGCUACCAGUAUUAACGAGCAAGGUUCCCGAACCACGACCCGGUUCUUGUGUAAACGACACUCAGACUCUUCCCGACGCUGUGUUGAAUUUUAUAAGAAGCCACCCUCUAGCGGAUUCGGCGGUAACCCAUGAUAACAGAAAGCCUUUAUUCUACACGAAGGAUGUUAUCUUCAGACGUAUAGUGGUCCAAAAGCUGGAGGUCGAUGGCGUUCAAUACACCAUUUUUUAUGCUGGAACUAAAACAGGAUUCGUUUAUAAGCUGGUAGAAUGGUAUGAUGGGACAGGACAGGCUUAUUCAAAUCUUGUAGAUGUAUAUGACGUCACAGCUCCAGAACCAAUACAAGCGAUGGAAAUCUCGAGCAAGGUGAAAAUGAGGCUCUUAAGUAAUGAUGCAGUGUUUUAAGAAAUGUGAAAAUUAUUGAUAGAAACACUGGUUUGUGUGAUUAACAAGGAA